AUGCCUUUCGUCGACAACAAGACCUUCCUCGUCGUCCAGUCCAACGACACCGAACAAAUCCUCCAAAUCAUCGAGCGCGCCGUCGGCUACGAGCUUCACACCGCCGGCAUCAAUGACAUCAACAAGCUCGACGAAUCCACCUGUCAAGCAGAGCACGACGCGGCCAUUGCCGCUAUCAACCACCACCACGACGUCCUCUACCAGCGCGGCGUCAACUCGGGCCUGAAGGGCGUUUGCCAACUCGGUGUCGGCGACAUGAAGCAGUUUGAGAUCGAGGAAGGCUCGGAUACUCUCAAGCGUAUCGUGGCUCUGAUCGAGCAGAUUGCGAAGACGAGUCUCUGGAAGGAGAGCGGGCUGCGUGGUGCUGAGGCGCCGAGUAAUGGGGACGUGUUUGGGACGAGCAAGAAGGCAAAGGAGGGCGCGUUGAUUGCUGCGUUGCAGGUUUAUUGGGAUGCGCUGAGGGUGAAGGCUUGGGAGAUGGCGGAGAAGGAGAAGAAUGAGGAUGGGGGUGAGAAGAGCGGAGAGGGUGAGGGUGAGGGUACUUCUGGUGGGAAGGAGGAGGAGCGCGAUCCGGAGGAUCUGGCGCUGAGCUCGGAGGAUGAGGUGUAG